UUUUUUCAACAAAUUCAAAAUUUCAGAUAACAGACAGCGCAAUUGUAUUAGACGACUUUAAUGGCGUCCCGACUGGCACUCAACUCUACUGGUCUCUCCCUCAAAAGUUUCUUGGAGACAAAGUUACUUCAUAUGGAGGCAAAUUUCGUUACUCAUUUCGUUUUACAAGUUCAUCGAGUGGAAUUUCUACUUUUGGGGGAGCUGAUGCCGAUGUUAUUUUACGAGGAAAUAAUAUUCAAUUGGAAUAUACACAUCAACAACACGUUGAACCAAAUGUUGUGAAUAGCAU